UACAGUCUGCGCUAAACAUGUGUGUGACAGCUAUAAAUAGGUUAGUUUGUGGCCGUGCUGUGCCCGCGGAGCACAAGAUGUUCCAAAACUUUGUCAGAUAAAAAUCACAAAUACUGUCCCAGCGUGAGGUUGAGCAUCAGAAAUGGACAUAGUUAAUUUUGGAUGAAGAUGGAAACGCAGAAUCUUCAAGUAGUACGCUUACACGAAAACCCCCAUUAUUUAAAAGCAUGCUGUGAAUUAAUCAACGAUGAGUGGCCACGCAGCGAGACCGCCCGGAUGAUGUCACUUCAAGCCUCCUGCAACCACCUGCCAACAAGCUUAAUUCUCAUCGAUGAUAUGAAACGCCUUCUUGGGCAUUGUAAAUUAACUGCUAUACCCAGCAUACCGGAAAGUUGUUUUAUAGAAACUGUAGUUAUCAGUAAAUUUAUGCGAGGAAAAAGGCUAGGUAGCUAUUUGAUGAGACAAGUUGAAGAAUACUGCAAAAAUAUAUUAAAAUUAAAGAUGCUACAUUUAUCCACCAAAGGACAGGAAAACUUCUACGCGAAAUUAGGGUAUGAAAAUUGUGCCCCAGUCUCCAUUUAUGGUGUCCGUAGUUUUAAUAGCGUACCUACAAUUAGUGAUAAGAUUCCAAAUCAAGUGCCAGUAAUUAAUAAUAUUGUAGAAGGAGCACCACCUCCCCCGCCCCCACCGAUGCCAAAACCUGAGACUAUGGUAAACAACACGUUAAAAUCGACUAAGACUUUUAUGUUCAAGUAUUUGUAAAUAUAAGUAGUUUUUUAAUAAUUAAAA